UAGUUUUGAAGUCUUCACUAUUAUUCUACAAUGUAGAAAAAAGUAAAAUAAAGAAAAACCCUUGAAAUAGUAGCUGUCCAAACGUUUGACCUGUACUGUACAAUGUUGUAACCUACAAGGCCUCAUGUUUUACCCACUUUGCCUUGCUUUGUUGUUAGUAUGUCUUCAAUGUCAGAAGCAGACUCCCGCUGUAAACCGGGAGACACCAUCUGUAAUAUCCGUGUGUACGAGCAAGAAGUGAUCAUCGUGCCCAUCCUCCUAUUGGCUAGCUUCCUGGUCAUGCUGGUCUUCAUCAUCCUGCUACGGUACUGUCCUGAGAAGGUGGACCGCAUCCGACCACAGAACACUGUGGCCACGUCCAGAUCACAGCGCUCCAGAAGACAACUGCACGGCAUUGAUGCUCCCCUGGGUAUCAACCCCCUGGAACAUGAGACUAUUGCUCUCGAUACCCCCUCCUACUCUACCUUCUCCCCAACUCACUCCCACCCCUCCUCAAACUGUCUCUCCUUCUCUGUGAGGACUCCCUCUCUCCCCCCUAUCCCCCCACCCAAGACCUUCAUCCCAUCCUCCCUGUCCAGCCCCCUGCCCCAGGCGUUGACACCUUCCUUCACCCCUAUGGUCCAGCCCAGGGAGCUGCCUCGCCAGAGGCUGCCAGAGUCCUUCAACCUAGUGGCCUCGCUGCCCGCAGCCUUCUCCCUGCGCUCUGACAAGGCUGUCUCCCUCUACAGGGCCCGCAUGGACAACAGGAACGCUGUGCUCCGAGUGCUCAACGACUCUGCGAGCGCCACAGAGAGGCACAAUUUCCUGGGCUUUGCUUCCUUCUUGUCCCAGCUGGGGCCACACCCCUUCCUGCCGGAGCUCCUGGGCGUGGUUUCUCUGCGUGUGCCCCUAGUUACCGUUGUUGAGGAGCUAGAGAACAGAGAUCUGCUCAGCUUCCUGUGGCGGUGCAGACAGUUGACCUCACGUUAUCCCCUGUCAUCCAAUCAGGAGUUCCUCCACAGCCGAGACCUUCUUCAUGGCAACGUCCGUGCUCACAGCGUAUUGGUCAGCCGGGAGCUGACGGCCAAGCUGUGGGGACUGGGCGGGGUCUACACCAGGAAUACCCAGGGAGCAACUCAGACUGAAGUUCCUGGCAUGAAGAAAUGGCAGGCCCCCGAGCUAUUGGCUAGGAGGCCUGCCAAUCAUAGCAGUGACGUCUGGUCAUUUGGCAUCUUGUUGUUUGAAAUGGCGACCUUGGGUGAUGCUCCGUUUUCAGAUAUCUCCGUCAACGAGCUUCUACAGUUUCACCAGAGAGGGAAAACACUGAGAAAGCCAGCCAACUGCUCCAACUCACUGUACUCCAUCAUAAAGGCCUGCUGCCAAUGGAAGGAGCAGGAUCGCGCCACAUUGGCUGAGGUCGACCGCAAGCUCCAGUCAGGAGAGAAGAGUGCCAACGACAAAGUCCUCAAGGUGCCUGAGCCAAUCAACAUCGAGCAGUACCUGCAAGAGGCUGGAUAUGGAGAGUCCAACAGCUACACUGUUUUCUGAGUGGCGGCUGUGCCGGCCAACGAAAUGCACUAUGCUGAGGGACGACGGUGGAUGUUUGCCUCCAUUCAUUCCAGAAUAUUAAUUUCCUUCUGCCCUUAUUCAUGUCUUUGUACCAUAGACUUAAGAUAGGUAUAGUUGAACAGACACAAUCGUUGAGUCAACCUCAGUUUGUAGUUGAUUGUGUACACCAGUAGAGGCUGCUGAGGGGAGGACGGGUCAUAAUAAUGGCCAGAAUGGAGGUAAUGGAAUGGUAUCAAUUUCAUGUGUUGGAUACCAUUCCAUUCACUCAAUUCCAGCCCUUCCACUCCAUUCUAACCAUUAUUAUGAGCCGUCCUCUCCUCAGCAGGGUCCACUGAUGUACACUACUGUUCAAAAGUUUGGGGUCACGA